GAGUGAGAUUGGAAAUCAGAAAAGAGAAUGGGAAGAUCACCUUGUUGUGAUGAGAAUGGGCUGAAGAAAGGGCCAUGGACACCGGAAGAAGAUCAAAAGCUCGUUGAAUACAUUCAUAAGCAUGGCCAUGGCAGUUGGAGAGCUCUACCUAAGCUCGCAGGUCUUAAUAGAUGUGGGAAGAGCUGUAGGCUGAGAUGGACAAAUUACCUGAGGCCGGAUAUCAAGAGGGGAAAAUUCUCGCCGGAAGAAGAAGACACCAUUCUCAAUCUCCAUUCGAUCCUUGGAAACAAGUGGUCUGCAAUUGCGACGCAUCUCCCCGGUCGUACUGACAAUGAAAUUAAGAACUUUUGGAACACCCAUCUUAAGAAGAAGCUGCUCCAGAUGGGUUUUGAUCCGAUGACCCACCGGCCGCGGACGGAUCUCUUUGCCAGCUUGCCUCAUCUAAUUGCUCUGGCCAACCUAAGAGAGGUGAUGGAUCAGCAGCCAUGGGAAGAACAAGCAGUCAGGCUACAAGAAGCUCUUCAAGUGGCUAAAGUUCAAUACAUACAGUACCUUCUUCAGUCAUCCUCAAUGAAUGGGUGCUCCUCUUCUAACAACCCAAGCAGUUAUACAGAUAUGGAGAGCAUCAAUCUAUUCAAUUCAAUGCCAUCACCCAAAGAGACCAUGUUCUUGAACCCAUCCUGCCAAUUCGAGAAUGGGAACACCCCGUUUUCUCUUGGACUCUCUCAAUCCCAUACAGUCAAUGACCAAAUCCCAUUCACCCCAUUGCAAGACUUUCAAUUCCAAUGCAAUUUUCAGCCACCUUUGGGCAGUGAAGUGAACCAAGGUUCCAGCUAUUCCAUGUUUAGCCAAGAAGACAACACACCGAAAUCCUCAUUUCUUCCAACUCCCCCUACAACCCUUGUAACAGACAACUCAAUCAGCAAUGCAGGGGAUGCAUGUAGCACUUCUAGCUAUGGUGGAGGUGCUCCUCCUUCCUUUUGGCCUGAGCUCUUUCUUGAAGAACCUUUUAUCCAUGAGAUUGCUUGAUUUGAGAUGGUGAGUGUUGGAGCUGCACCACCACCCCUUUUUCACCCCCUCUUUAGUGUGCAUUACCACUACUAUGCAUAGAUCCCCUUUGAUGAAUGUUCAAUGCAUCUCAUAUAUACAUAUAUACAUACCUU